AUGCGUAAACCCCUUAUGCGCAUUCCUUACACGGAACUCCUGGCCCCUCCCACAGUCCGGCCUACCAAUGCAAACACCAUCCCCGGUGCUGUCGCGGCCCUCCAGAAUUUCUUCACGGCUCCGCCUCCUAGAGGCCUGCCGAGGUCGACCGUCGUUCUGACUGGGGCCGGCCUCUCGGUAUCCAGUGGCCUCGCCGACUACCGAGGCGUCAAUGGCACAUAUCGUGUGAACAAGACGUACCGCCCCAUCUACUACCACGAGUUUAUCGCAAAUCACGAAGCCCGGAAAAGGUAUUGGGCACGUAGUUUCUUGGGCUGGACGUCACUUCACAAAGCGUCACCCAAUCGCGGUCACUAUGCGAUCCGAGACCUGGGGCAACUGGGGUUGAUCAGGAGCGUCGUCACGCAAAACGUCGACUCGUUUCACUCAAAAGCGCAUCCUGACAUUCCUACCCUGGAGUUGCAUGGCUAUCUGAGAUCCACCGUCUGCGUCACCUGCAGGCAUGAAUAUCCCAGAGACGUCUUCCAGGACGAGCUUGCGAGGCUCAAUCCCGCCUGGGCCGCCUUCCUCGUCGAGGCUUUGGCUUCCGGGGCUCUCGACACCGAGGAUCCCGCCGAGCGCAAGCACAAGGGCAUCCGGACUAACCCGGACGGAGACGUGGACCUGCCGGGCGCGCCAUACACCACUUUUAGAUACCCGGCCUGCCCGCAUUGCCUCGCGAAGCCACCUUCCACGCCUGAAGGCGCACGCCAUGUUGUCGAGGUGGACGCCGACGGUGCGUGGAAACCCACCAGCUCCGGGGGGAUCUUGAAGCCCGCCGUCGUCAUGUUCGGCGAGAGUAUUCCCGGCCAAGUCAAGACCGCCGCUGAGGAGGCUAUUGAUGGUGCUGGAAAGCUCCUCAUCCUGGGCACUUCGCUCGCCACGUACUCGGCGUGGCGACUAGCCAAGAAGGCGCUGGACCGCGGAAUGCCAAUCGCCAUCGUUAAUACAGGGGGCGUGCGAGGCGAGGAUCAGAUAUCCGCCUUGUCGGAUCCGGACCCAACAGGCACUCUGAGAGUCCGGACGGAAGUGUCCACCGAUGCCGUGCUCCCGGCGCUCGUCGAGCAGCUUCGGGAGCUGCCGAACGGGGCAUCCGGUUUGGACGGAACCUUGGGUACUUCCGCCGCAAAGCAAGGCGUGUUCAAGGACAUGCUGUCAUAA